CACGACGGCUCACGCCGCACCCGCCCCCUGUGUUCUCCUCUUCCUUCGGACGCCGCCGCAGUCGCGCCUGCUCCCGCACAAAGGUUCUCCCUCUUCCUUCCUUCUUCCUCCCAUUUAUUUCCUUUUUUCUUCCAACCUCGGACCUUCUCCUCCGUUCCUCCUUUCUUCUUCUUCUUCUUCUUCCGCGGGUUGGGCGUGGGGCGGGUCAUCACUGGUUCGGAGUCGGGUGCGAUUACUGUGCAUCGAUCUCGAGUCUUGUCCAACGGAGAUUUGCCUAGUUUUCAAUUGGAAGGGUUUAUGCAAUGGGUACUGAUUUAGAUCCGUUGGAUGAUAUUUUUUCUGAGGAAGGAGUGCAAAUUGCCAAGCCGAAGAAAAAAUUCCAGCCAAAGGUGAAGUCGAAAUUCCAACCAGCUAAACAGGACUCAGCAGCACCAUCAGUUUCUUCCAUGCGACCAUCCCAGGCCAUUGAGACAACAGCAGCAGCUGACAUAAGUGAUCCUGUUAAGACUGUGAAUCCCUCCGAAAACCUGAUUUCAGGUCCAGAUCAUGUGUUCAGUGGUAAUGAAAGUGGUUGUGCUUCCGUAGAGAAGUCAGCCCCAGAGGUAAACGUGAUGGGCCUUGAUUUAGAUCCGCCGGAUGAUAUUUUUGCUGAGGAAGGAGUGAAGAAUGCCCCAUCAAUGGGUAAAUUCCAGCCGAAGGUGAAGGACUCAACAGCUUUACCAGUUUCUUCCAUGCCGCCAUCCCAAACCAUUGAGACAAUAGUAGCGGGAAGUGAUCCUGUUGAGACUACAAGGCCCUCUGAAAUUUUGAUUUCAGGCCCAGAUCUUGUGUUCAGUGGGAAUGAAAGUGGUUCUGCUCCCAUAGAAAAGUCUCUUCCUGAGGUAAAUACAACGGCCAUCAAUUUGGAUCCUUUGGAUGAUAUUUUUUCUGAGGAAGCUGUAAAAAAUGCUCAGCCAAUGCGUAAAUUCCAGCCAAAGGCAAAGACAAGAUUCCAACCAACUAGAAAGGAUUCAGCAGGAGAAACAGUAUGCUCUAUGCAAUCUUCUCAAACCACUGCGACCACAGUGGCAGCUGAGUUAUGUGAUCCCAUCAAGGCUGUAAAGCCAUUUGAAAAUUUGAUUUCAGGUCCAGAUCUUCUGUUCAAUGGGAAUGAAAGUGGUUGUGCUUCCAUGGAAAAGUCAGUGCCCGAGAACGUUGACAUAUUCCAUGGGUUGGAAGCACUUGAGGAUAUGCUACCAAACAAUGAUACUCUUAUGGCAGUUUCAGAAGGUGCUGCCCCUUCAUCAGAGUGUCCAAACCCCAAGAAGGCUGGAGUACAUGUUCUUCCGUUUCCUGCUUCUGUUAAAGACGCAAACAAUAGAUGUAAGAAGGAUGAUGUUCCUGCAUGUCCAGAGCUAUCGGACGGCCUAGAUCCUUUAACUGCUGGUGAAUCUAUUGUAUCAAUUACCGAUGCAUUUGGUCAAUUGCAUGAAGAGGAAAUGUACAUAAUGGAUUCCCUCCAUAUGUCUGAGUUAACAGCUAAAUUUGAACAGAAAAGAGGAAAAUUUCAGCCGAAGCCAAAAAUACAAACAUUGCAGAGAGAGAUUGGUGAAGCUAAUGAGCCUGUUUCCUCCUCACCUGGUUCACAAUGUGUUGAACCUGAAACUAAUUAUGCUGGAGUACCUCAGCAAGAUGAUAUGUUGGAUCUUUCAGACCUGGGAUUUACUCCUUCAUUGCCCAUGGAAGUUACUUCUGAAGUUCCAUUGACUGAGGCGUCAGUGAAUCAAAUGGAGAUGACUCAGAUGGACACAGGCAUCCAUCCAAUUGUUGCACCUGAGAUUCCUGCGAAACUCGCUUCUCGUCGUGCAAACUCUGGAAGGACUAAAGCUCAAUGUGCAUCAGCUCUUUCCCCACAAAACAAAGAAGCUUUCACAUCUGGUGAGGGCAAUGAAAUGCGUAGAUCAUUACGGCCAAGGAAAAACACUGGCAAUCUAUGUGAACUGGUUGAUGAAGCUGAUGAAGAAGUGCUUACUGGUGGGGAGAUUUCUGAUGAAAUUCCCAUAAAUGCUGCUGUAGAGGAUGAAUAUGUUGAUGAGGAAUCUCAACUUGAAAAUGAAUCACAUAAUAAAAAGAUCAAGCGGAAGCCUAAAAGAUCUUUGAACGGAAAAGAAAAAUCAGCUGGGAAAAGGAAAAAGGCUGAGGAGGUAACAGAUAAGGGUCCAGUUUCAAAGCCUAAAAGGUUCCCUCAUUCAACUCGGCGAAGGCGAGUGGACAAAGCUUUGCUUGAAACUCCUGAAGAUGAAAUUGAUUGCCGAAAUAUACCUCUUAGGGAUUUAAUUCUGCUUGCAGAGCACAAGGAGCGGCAGAUGAAAAAAGACAAUACAACAGGAGCAACGACAACAAAUCAAAGUUCCUCGAGACAAAAUGGAGAACAGGAUGAGCAAGACCCUGAAAUGGUCGACACUACUGUCUACUUCAAUUACCAAUCUCACAUGGAUAGAACACCAGCCACCAGAUGGUCUAAACAGGAAACUGAGUUGUUCUAUGAGGGUUUGCGGCAGUUUGGGACAGAUCUUUCAAUGAUUCAACAGCUUUUCCCUGAGCGUAGCCGUCGUCAAGUAAAGUUGAAAUAUAAAAAGGAAGAACGACAACAACCGCUGAGACUUCGUGAAGCUUUAAGUAACCGAUCAAAAGAUUGUUCCCAUUUCCAAUGGGUCAUAGAGAACUUAAAAAAGAAAGCUGCUGAAGAAAGUCAGAAUGCAGAUUAUGAUGAUCCAAUAGAUUUGACAGCCAAUGAAGGCGAUGAGGAGACUCUAAAUGUUGACAAAGAAGAAACAAAAGAAGAGCAAAUUGAGGAAGAGGAAAAAGAGGAUGCAGCAAAAGAUUUGGAAACUCAAAGACCUACAAAUGUUGACUAUGAAGAUGAAGAUGAAGAUUGGUCAAAUAUAUUUAGAUAGAUAUUGUUUAGAUUUAUUGAUUAUUAUAUAAACAUAUCUACUAGAUAUGAUAUUAGAUUUGAUUGUUUAUUAUUUCUCUUUUGGAAUAGACAGAAUUUACUAAUUCACGUUUUCUCCGAUAUAUUUUGUAAUGUAUCCAAUGUAUCCGGAGGAUUUUCUUUCAAAUAUGAGAUCCACUACCAAUA